UCAAUGGUCUUAUAUAUCCAAUAUACACAAAGCCUCUUUGUUGAUCUUCCUCCAUCUUGUAAUCUUAAUCUUGAUCCUCUCCACCAUACUAAUGAAUUCUUCAUUUUUUCUAUGCACUUUUGCAGCUGCAAUAGUCUUCUUUACGCUUUUUAGAAAAUUCAUAUUCCAAAAAGAUAACAAAGAAAUUGAUUCUCCUUCUAUAUCUCCUUCAUCUUCUUCGUCUCACAAGUUAAUACAUCAAGUCUUUCCAAGCUUCCGUGGGGAAGAUGUCCGCAGAGAUUUCCUCAGUCAUAUUCACAAGGAGUUUCAAAGAAAGGGAAUCACACCAUUCAUUGAUAGUGAGAUCAAGAGAGGAGAAUCAAUUGGUCUUGAAAUCGUACAAGCGAUUAGAGGAUCUAAGAUUGCGAUUGUCUUGCUAUCUAGGAACUAUGCUUCUUCAUCUUGGUGUCUUGACGAGCUGGUGGAGAUCAUGAAGUGCAAAGAAGAAUUGAGUCAAAUAGUGAUCCCCAUUUUCUAUAAAGUGGAUCCAUCUGAUGUUAAGAAACUCACCGGAAGUUUUGGGAGUGUCUUCGAAGAUAGAUGUGCCGGUAAAACUAAUGAGCUUAUAAGGAGAUGGAGACAAGCUCUAGCAAAAGUGGCAACAAUUACUGGUUACGAUUCUCGCUGCUGGGAUAAUGAAGCGGCCAUGAUUGAAAAAAUUGCCAAUGAUAUUUCGAAUAUGCUGAAUUUUUCUACACCAUCACGUGAUUUUGACGGCUUAAUUGGGAUGAGAGCACAUAUGAAAAUAAUGGAACCGUUGUUAUGCCUACACUCCGAUGAAGUGAGGAUGAUUGGGAUUUGGGGUCCUUCUGGGAUCGGGAAAACUACCAUUGCUAGAGUCUUAUUUAGCCAGUUUAGCGGCACUUUUGAAUUGAGUGUCUUUAUGGAGAAUGUCAAGGAUUUAAUGUAUACAAGACCAGUGUGUUCUGAUGACUACAGUGCAAAGAUACACUUACAGAAACAGUUCAUGUCCCAGAUAAUCAACCACAAGGAUAUCGAAAUUCCUCAUCUAGGAGUUGUAGAAGAUCGGUUGAAAGACAAGAAAGUGUUUAUUGUUCUUGAUAAUAUCGAUCAGUCAAUACAACUAGAUGCUAUUGCAAAAGAAACUCGAUGGUUUGGAUGUGGAAGUCGGAUUAUCAUCACGACACAAGACCGAAAACUUUUGAAGGCACAUGAUGGCAUCAAUGAUAUUUACAAGGUAGAUUUUCCAUCAGCAUAUGAAGCUUGCCAAAUAUUUUGUAUGUAUGCUUUUGGACAAAAUUUCCCUAAAGAUGGUUUCGAAGAGCUUGCAUGGGAAGUUGCAAGACUUUUAGGUGGACUACCACUGGGUUUAAGAGUUAUGGGCUCCCAUUUCAAGGGAAUGUCUAAACAUGAGUGGAUAAAUGCACUACCAAGGUUAAGGACUCGCCUUGAUGCCAAUAUUCAAAGCAUUUUAAAGUUCAGCUACAAUGCCUUAUGUGAAGAAGAUAAAGACUUAUUUCUUCAGAUAGCAUGCCUUUUCAAUAAUAAAAGGAUUGAAAAAGUGGAAGAACAUCUUGCAGAGAAGUCUUUGGAUGUGAGGCAAGGGAUUCACGUAUUAGCUGAAAAAUCUCUCAUAUCUAUUGAAGAGGGAAGGAUAAAGAUGCAUAAUUUGCUAGAAAAAUUGGCUAAAGAAAUUGUUCGUCAUAAGCCUGGGCACCAAUCCAUUCGUGAGCCUGGAAAGCGUCAAUUUCUGGUUCAUGCUACAGAUAUUUGUGAAAUUCUCACUAAUGACACGGGUAGUAAAAGUGUUAUAGGCAUACAUUUCUACUCAUCCGAACUCUCAAGCGAGUUAAAUAUAAGUGAGAGAGCUUUUGAAGGAAUGUCUAACCUUAAAUUCUUAAGAUUCUACUACCGCUAUGGUGAUCGGAGCGAUAAAUUGUACUUACCGCAAGGUUUGAAUUAUCUAUCUCGAAAACUUAAAAUACUAGAAUGGGAUCGUUUUCCGUUGACAUGUAUGCCUUCUAAUUUUUGUACGGAGUACCUCGUUGAACUAAACAUGCGGUUCAGCAAACUUCAUAAGCUGUGGGAUGGAAAUAUGCCGCUUGCAAACCUGAAGUGGAUGUAUUUGAAUCAUUCAAAAAUCCUAAAGGAGCUACCUGAUCUUUCAACUGCCACUAACCUACAAGAACUAUUUCUCGUUAAAUGCUCAAGUUUGGUGGAGCUUCCAUCCUCUAUUGGUAAAGCCACUAAUCUCCAGAAAUUGUAUCUUAAUAUGUGCACUAGUUUGGUGGAGCUGCCCUCUUCUAUUGGGAACCUUCAUAAGUUACAAAAAUUGACUUUAAAUGGAUGCACAAAGCUAGAGGUUCUUCCUGCUAACAUCAACUUGGAAUCUCUCGAAGAACUUGAUCUAACUGAUUGCUUGGUGUUGAAAAGAUUUCCUGAGAUCUCUACAAACAUUAAAGUUCUAAAGCUUAUUGGAACUGCAAUAAAAGAAGUCCCUUCGUCUACUAAGUCAUGGCUUCGUCUUUGUGACUUGGAAUUGUCAUACAAUCAAAACCUCAAGGAAUCCCAACAUGCUUUUGAUAUCAUCACAACGAUGUAUAUUAAUGAUAAGGAAAUGCAAGAAAUUCCUUUAUGGGUCAAGAAAAUCUCUAGGCUUCAAACAUUUAUACUUAGCGGAUGCAAGAAGCUGGUAUCACUCCCACAACUUUCAGAUUCCUUAUCAUACCUAAAGGUAGUAAAUUGUGAGUCACUUGAGAGACUCGAUUGCUCCUUUCACAAUCCAAAGAUAUCUCUUGGGUUUGUUAACUUUAACUGCCUCAAACUGAAUAAAGAAGCGAAGGAACUCAUCAUCCAGAUUAGUACCAAGUGUACGGACUUACCCGGAAGAAGAACGUACUUCACUCACCGAACUAAUAGGGGAAAUUCCAUGAGAGUAAUGAAUCAAAGGCGUCUUUCAACAACCUCGAGAUUUAAGGUUUGCAUCUUGCUGGUUAAUAAAGGUGACAAAGAGAGUGAGGUCAAGGAGGUGUUUGGUAGAAUACUGAUGAAGGAAUCUUAUUGCAUCUUAUAUCUUGGUCUUGAUGUUCAAUGCAGACCUACACACCAUUUUCUACCUCCCUCUCUAACGGAGCAUUUAUACACCUUUGACUUUGAAGCGGAUGUGACAUCCAGGGAGCUUUUCUUUGAGUUCCAAGUCGACAGUAACGAAAUGGUUAUAAAAGAAUGUGGGAUAUUCCAACUUUAAGUACCUCCAUAUUUGAGAGAUGGCGACUGAAGAUAAAUGCAACAAAACUAUAAUAUAUAACUGGAACUGAACUCUGAAGGACUAGUAUAUGGAGAUGGCACUGGUUAAGAAUGAAAGUUAAUCAAGAUAUUUAGUCCAAUUUAAGUUGCAGGGCUUGGUUAAGAUAUUACUUGAUAUGCACCUUUAUGUUGUAUAUGUGUAUGAUGGUCAUUGUGUGAUAUUUAUGUUAUGUGUAAGUGAUGAACUAAUGAACUCACAAUACGUUUCUUAUGUAUGUGUA